AUGAACAUCGCGAUAGUGCCGACAGGAAACGAGGCGGUGGUGCCUGAGGGCUGGCCUCUGACGUUAGGUGGCAGCGGCCUGAUCCUGCAGCUGGGUGAGCUCGAGGCGUCCGCACUGCGUCUCGGGGAAUGUUACCUUUGCGUACGCAGCGCGGCUGCUGCAACUGCAACUGCAAUCACCUCGUCGGUCAGCGGCGCUACGACCGCCGGUGAAGCCGUCGAGCAAAAUACCGUUGAGAUAGCAGUAGUCUGGCGAACUACGUCCAUGAGGGCCCCGGGGAUCUUGGGUUGGGACCGUGAAGACGAGUUUAUGGACUGGCGGGACCUGACAAAUAAGGGUCAGCCGAGCUCGUCGAAUACGGCAAGCGCAAAUCUCAGCGGAGCGCAGCCAUCGAGCAUGAUGAAAACCACCGGUCGUCCGCGGCGAAGAUCGCGCGAGGACGCGCGUCCGAGGACACGCGAGAUCAACAGAACUAACAGCGCUGAACAUCGCCGAGAAGAGGCCAGGUCGAUCGACAGGCUGGAACACCAGUUCUGUCGCGAGAAUCGUGCGAUCGGCGAGUCCGGUCAUACCGCCACAGUGAUGAAGUCAAGGUCCGCGUCCAGUGUCGACACUUGGAAGGACGAUCUCGACGGCGGCGGCGAGGACGAACUCGAUCGAGGCUCGAAUCGUAAAGCGUGUUCCAAGAAUUCCUCCUCUAGUCCCACCGGCGGCGACGAGAGUCGCGCCAAAGUGAAACGAUGCACCAAGGUGGUCUCCCCUACAACAAUGGAAAAAUGGAAGGAGAGCAGUAGGUGUGAAAUGCGCAGCAGGUCGAUCGCACCGGAAGAUCUGAAGAGUCCUCUGCAAUUCGAAGAAAGCGUUUUGCGGCGAGACGACAUCGUCGAUGAUUCACCGAAAGAUCUCGAGGACAGAUUGCGGAAUGCAAGUGGUCCAGACGAUGUUAACGAUGAGGAUCUACCGGCAUACAUAGGCAGUCUGCUUGUCACCGUCGAGAGAAAAAUUGAAAGGGUCUCGCUCGACGACAUGACUUUCCCCUGUCCGGCGUGCAGGAAUAUAGACACGGACGAUCCGUUACUGGGAUGCAGAUGCGCUGGCGACGAUUGCAGCUGCGGUGAGGAUAACUGCGACUGUUCUUCCUCUGCGCUCGUCUCGCGAAAGGAACAAUCCGCGAAGAGCUUCGAAGUGGCGGGAAUCAAGCAUAUCGACAGUGACGACGAAGAAGAAGUACGAAUGGGAUUCGGAACCAAAAAGCGAGUCGAUGAAGUAGCAUCACCAAGGACUAUCCACGACUUGCCGGAACACGUUCUCACGUGUAGCCUGUCACUUCCCGGAUACUCGGACGUUAUCGGGAGACCGGUUAUCGAAUUUGAGGACAAUGCAUCCACGAGGGAAGCCCUUUCCGUUAGAGAGACGUCGUCUUUUCUCCUCUACCUCGCUCGUCUACCCAACUCCGACUGCACAAAAGAUGGCUUCACUAUUUUCAUACGCGGUGAUUCUAAGGAGAGUCUGGAGUUCAUAGACGAAGUAGUAAUCCUGUUGCAGGGCAGAGUCAACGUGGCUCAGACUCUCGUGCUUCGAAGUACUGCAACAACGGAUGGCCUGAUUGAAUCUCUCUUACCUCUCAGUAACGUCCAGUUCCAUAAGUAUGAUCAUUGA